AUGAAUGGGAGGUUACAAGGGAGUUUUGAUGGGAGGAAAGGUUUAAGACAAGGAGACCUGAUUUCUCCCUUGCUGUUUGUGCUUGUCAUGGAGUAUCUCACUCGUCUUCUUAGGCUUGUUUCUCGGCAUAAGGAUUUCAGGUUUCAUCCCAUGUGUAAAAGUUUGCAUCUUGUUAAUCUUUUCUUUGUGGAUGAUCUUAUAUUGUUUUGCAAGGGGAAUCUUAGAUCGUUUCAACUCUUAUUUGAUGGAUUUUCCAGAUUUAGUCAGAAUUCUGGGUUGAUUGCUAAUUUGAAUAAAUCUCAAGUGUUUUUUGGAGGUAUUUCUACUGAAGUGAAGACUAGUAUUCUGAGUAUUGUUCCUAUAGAAGAGGGUACUUUUCCCUUAAAAUAUUUGGGUGUUACUCUUCGUCCUACAAAAUGGAAGGCGGCUGAUUGUGGUGUGAUCAUUAAUCAAAUCCAGUAUUAG